AUGUUUACGUCAGCAGGUGCAAAUGAAUCUGAUGAAAUGACUUUGGAAGACAAGACUGUAGAAUACGCUUGUUUACAGUCUCCUUCAACACCUCCUGAGGAUCCGAAGCGGAAAACAAUGCGAUGGUUUCACAACUAUCCACGAUUCUGUUUCGUCGUGCUUUUUAUGAUCUGCACAUUCAUCGGAGGUAUAUUCGUGUCCUCGGAAAUCACCACAUGGACACUUGACGCAAUGGGCGUUCACAAUGACUUGACGACUGCAAGACAAGUGUAUGCUACUACGAGUCACAUGCUGAAUACCAUGACCCAAUGUGUAAAUAGAAGCUCGUUAGAAUAUCUGGCCGGCGCAAAAUUGCACUUCGAAGCUGAUAGCAAACGCGUUCAGAGAAUCAUCGAUGCUAAUGACCAAGUACUUGCUAAUCAGAGAAAUACGACGAUGACAUGCUCCAAUUCGCUGCUGAUGGCAUUGAAAGAACAGGUACAAAUGUCCACAGCUAACGCAGCUAACUCGACGUUGAAGUGUUUCACUGAUUCAUUUUACGCAAACAUGCCUAAGACGGAGGAUGUGUCGUCCUCACGGUCACUAGUACUUGCAGUACGUGCAUUAUUGAUAACUCAAGUUGCCACGGAAGUCAACAACAGCGUAUCCAAGCAGGCAACAAAAUUUGAGAGCCAACUUGUUGAGAUGUGGACCGCUAUCGAUACAGUCAAGUCAACCAUUGAAAAAACUGUCGGAGCAACAAGGACACUCGUCUCCCAGCAAUUGAGUUCACUAGCACCGGUACUGUCUGGAAAUGACGGCAGAGGUCACACGCAACAAUCGGCCUCUCGCCUUGGUCGCCUGGGCAAAGUAGUAUCAUCGAAGCUUUCAAAUCCAUUGACGUUAACAUCCGCUGCCAGCCUUGGGGCUAUACGAAAGACUGGUCGAACACUUCACAAAGCACUCGAGUUUCUAGCGGGGGUGCACGACGGUUUUACGGACGUUCUGGACACUGUAGAUGAAACAUGGGAACUGCUAGAGAAGCAGCUCAACGCCACCGUUCAGCAGGCCACACAGCUGCAACAGGAGCUUGUUUACACAGCCGAAUCAACGGCACAGCAGAUCAAUAAUGCGACUAGCGCUAUCACGAUUAGUUUGGAUCAGGCCCAACAGGAAAUUGCCACAUCUUUUGACAUUUUGCGCGAACAAUGGCAGGCUGCAGUCAAAAAGCUGAUUGCUGAAGGUUUUACACCGUGGGAGCGACUGGGGGACCAACUAGUAGCUGAGCUCACAGCUAAUCAGCAUCAAAGUGUCAGACCUAAGAACGCCAUUCAGCGCAAGUAUCUUCUGCCAGAUAGAAGCAUGAACUCAAGUUUGAAAAACGAGCAUCAAAAGCUGACCGUAGCUUCACGUGACGAAGGUCUCAAUAGCACACAAGCGUCAACUUCAGAUGAAGAGAAGUUUGACAUCGAUACUGCCGUGCUGCGCGCUUCGCUAGUUGACGUAAGUGCUUUGAUCACCCAAGUAAUUUUUUACGUAGACAUUGGACGUCUCGCCGUAUUGGUUGCAGAUCUAGCAGUUGGGCUGAUUACAGAGUCAUACUCUGACAUGCCAAUGCUGGAUAUCCGGGGCAUUACCACAGUCGACACGAUUGGAAGUGUAUGUGAAGUCUUCCUUUGCCAACACAGCAUUUCUGCAAUAUGUUACACACUUGUGACAAAAGCCACAGAGCUACUGCGCGUUGUGGUAACAUUUCUUCUUCUUUUCUUUGCUGCGUCAGCAAUCACCAUAGGCCUGUUCGUGUGGAAGAAUGAUCACAAUGCACACUGCCAAAGUUCUGACGUAUCGACCAACGUUUCACAAACUACGAUGCAAAGAAUCACCCGCGCAUUUUUCGAGAACAAUGGUAACAAGAGCGAGCGCGUCGUUAGUCCACUUGAUGAAGUUCAGAAGUACGCGACCACUAUCAACGAUUCCAUCCGCAAUGACUACGCGGCACUGACAGUAGACUCAGCUAUCGUGUGGAAGAACCAGUCGAUCGCACUGGAUGAUUUCGAUGACUGGACAGCAACGACAAGCAGCUUGAUUCGAAUGCUUCAAGACUGUACCAUUAAUGAUGAAGUAGCUCGUGCAGUUGAUACUUCUCUUUCAAGCCAGUGCUUGGUGACAAGUCUCAGCAAUACCUCAGCGUUUUUGACGCCACUCUCCAUUACGGAGCAGUUGAGUCACAACGCACCAUUCCUUGUACCAUCUACGGCAUUUGAAUUAUGCUUUCCAGCUGAAGCAUUACACCCUGUGGAAAGACAUGUAAUCGUUGAUACAUUGCAGCAUCAUCUUGCAUGUGCGACUGAAAAAGCUGUGUAUUUCUCAGCUGCAUCGUGGUGGCUUCUAGUGGUGGUCUUUGUUGCAAAUCGUUUUGCGGCAAGGAUGAUCAUCAAAGCUGCUGGAGUAUAUUGGUGGCGUUAUCUAAGCGCAAACCGAUUGCAGUUUGUGGGCUUUUGUCAAGAAGACGGCGAUGUUGUGGCGAGCAACAAAUUGCAGCCUGCAAUCCAACAAUACCUCAAAGAAGCAAAGUGGCAGAUUGUAUGUCGCUUCGUUGGCAUUGGCUUUGCAUUCUUGUCUGUUGUCACCGUCAUUGUCAUUGCUUUUCAUGGAGUCGCGUAG